AGACUUACCCAAGGACAGUCAAGGCUUGGCCUGGAAGUCUGCCCAGCUCAACCAUCUCUGCUGGAGCUGACCGGUGAGCACACAGUGAGUGCAGCCCUGAGGACUAACAUCUGCAGUCUUCCAUUUUCCCUUUGUACCUGACAUGUUGGCUCAUGAUUGAGCCGUAAUGGCUGCUUAUUUGCUUCCUCCUAGGUUGCCAUUGUACAUGGAGCCAGGACUAGAGAUGUUUUCAAAUUUACAGAUUUUUUUUUUUAUCAGCAUUUUAUCACCAGGCUUUUGUCUUUACCUCUUUUCCCAGCUUCGCCAAGUCAUUUGUUGACAUGAAACUUUUGGCUGAACCAAUUGAAAACACACUUCUGGUUUGAUACAUUGUGUUCAUAUUUUAAAUUUAAGGAAGUUUUCCAUUUGACAUUUUUCCAGAUUAAAUGAAUUACAGAAUGUAGUUGGGUCAAUUUUAGGGUGACCAUAUAAUAAUGGAAAGCUGCAAUAGUUAGUUUUAAUACAGCUUAAAUAUUUGCUACACAGGGAUAUAGUAUGGUCAGUCUUUGGUUUACUAUACCUACCUACCAUGUUGAUCUCAGUUUCCCCCAGUAAUUGUGAUUAGGACAUUCUUUGAUGGAUGCCAUUUUGCUGCUAGUUCGUUGUGUGGCUAGUAAGUCAGUAAAAAGUAAAUGUGCCAAAAUUACUUCUGUCAGAAUGCGUGAGCAGAUGGCAAAGUUCUCUACUCCCCAAAAUGGAUGAACAGCAGCAGGGAAAGAGGGGGAGGAAGUGGAUGGAGAAUUUUAGAAACUUUGAAACUGCAGUAAAAUUAAAUGAGUCAGGGAACUUCUGUUAGAAAAUGAAGUUAGGACAGUUUUUGUGAAGAGAAUAUUUGUAAGGGCUGGAGUAUAAUAGUUUUAAGCUCAUUUUGCAUGGUUUUAAAUUUUUAAAUAAUUCCAAAGAUAUAUACUAGCUCACAAAUUAUAAAAAUGUCAGCCCUGUCCCCACCCUUACCUCUUGUCCACAGUGAAUUUGAUGCCCAGAAAAGACUUAUUUACACCACAUAUCUUUUCUUCCAGCAUAUACCUGUAUGGAUGUGGGUUAAGAUGUGCCAAUAUACAAUAAUCCUUUUAUUAGUUUUAAGAUGUAGGAAGGUUAACAUUCUUCUCUAAAUGUAUAAGAUUAGAGCUCUUUGAUUAUAAUAAUAUCUUAGAUUUCUAUAAAAUUGACAAUUUUCACAGCACUUUCUCUUAUAUAAUUUGAGCCACCAGCGUUCUUGUGAUGGAACUAUGCAGCCAAACUUAAAUCAGUUGUCCAGGGUCCAUGUGUGUGGUAUGAGCAAUACUGGGUGGUCGUCCUCAGAGCUCUGGAAAGUUCUUAUGCACGCCAGUGGUGAGCACUUGGAACAGAGCUUUUCUCUCAGAGGUGACUUGCUGUUCUUUAGGACAGGGGUCAGUGGCAUUGCUUUCAGAGCAUUGUUUAGCACCUUUUUGUUUUCUUUCUGAAAAACAGAAAAUUUUAUUCUCCUGUUUUUCAUGGCUGAAAACAAAAGUAAUAGUAAUUUUGAAUGUGUCUUCAGGGACAGGUCCUCCCCUCAUGGAGGAUCGCUGUUGAGGAGCAGCAGUGUGAGUCUCCAUGGAUGGGUCCCCUUCUCCAUCCUUUGUUCCCACCAUGGGCUGGAACAGCUAAAGGUGUGCCUGUGAAGCAGCGGAACUUGGAACCUGAAUGCCUCGCUGGAUGAGCCAGAGGUCAGGAGCUGAGAUGUCACCCAAUUGUCCCAACAGAAGCCAGAGGUCUCUUGGAUGGUCUGUGCUCAAGCUCUUUGCUCCCUCCCUAGCGCGGUGAGGGGUGUCAUCUGUCUCCCAAGAUAACAGAGCCACCUCAGCCCUCCUCCUGUGGCUAUUCUGGGCUUCUGUCUGAUCCUUCUCUCUUCCCCUAACCCAUACUUCACCUUUCUGCUGGGGGUAGGUAGGUGGGGAAAGGCCAGCCCACUUACAUAAGCCUGUGGCUGGGACCCCAGAGGCCAGUCUGCAGAGCAGGUGGUCAGCCACCCCACCACCACCAACAGUGACAGUCUUCUGCUGGAGCCCAGCCUCUGGGUUGGCCCAACAUGGAGUCAGCCAGAACUCCGGAGGUGGCCUUAGGCUCCAAGCUAAAGGUGGAAGAAGCCAGCCCAGCUGAUGCUGAAAGACCCCAGGCUUCACCUCGACAGGGAGCACCCCAGCUUCUGCCUCCUAUAGAAGACAACCCCAAGAUCCGGCUACCUCGGGCCCUGAGGCAGACCUACAUCCGGAAGGUUGGAGACACAGUGAAUCUACUAAUCCCAUUCCAGGGUAAGCCCAAACCUCAAGCCAUCUGGACACAUGAUGGACGUGCCUUGGACACCAGUCGGGUGAGUGUGCGGAAUGGGGAACAAGACUCCAUCCUCUUCAUCCGAGAAGCCCAGCGUGCCGACUCAGGCUGCUACCAACUCUGUGUGCAGCUGGGUGGACUAGAGGCCACCGUCACUGUUAACAUCCUGGUGAUCGAGAGGCCAGGCCCUCCCCAGAGUAUUAAGUUGGUGGAUGUUUGGGGCUCCAACGCUACCCUGGAAUGGACAGCUCCCCUAGAUACAGGCAAUACAGCACUCCUGGGAUACACGGUGCAGAAGGCUGACACAAAAUCUGGGCUAUGGUUCACUGUGCUGGAACAUUAUCACCGCACCAGCUGCAUUGUCUCCGACCUCAUCGUGGGCAACUCCUAUGCCUUUCGUGUCCUUGCUGAAAACCAGUGUGGACUCAGUGAAACAGCCCCUGUCACCGCCGACCUUGCUCACAUCCAAAAAGCAGUUACUGUUUACAAGAGCAAGAGGUUUGCUCAGCGAGACUUCUCUGAAGCUCCAAAGUUUACCCAGCCUCUGGCAGACUGCACUACAAUCACUGGUUAUGAUACCCAGCUCUUCUGCUGUGUCCGUGCCUCUCCCAAGCCCAAGAUCAUCUGGCUGAAGAACAAGAUCGAUAUCCAAGGCAAUCCCAAGUACAGAGCCCUCAGUCACCUGGGAAUAUGCUCCCUAGAAAUUCGAAAGCCUGGGCCCUUUGAUGGAGGCAUCUAUACUUGCAAAGCAAUUAAUGCCUUGGGCGAGGCGUCUGUAGACUGUCGGGUGGAUGUGAAGGCUCCUUAUUGAGACAGCCCGUAAGGACACAGUGCCCGAGAAAGGUGAGGAAAGAAGAUCAGGGCAUCUCAAUGGGUCAUUGUU